AAGAUUGGAAGCUAGUGAAUGAUAAAGGGAUGUAGGAAGGUUCCUUGUAUUUGCAUUCAUUAUAUUGUGUGUUUUCCCUCCUCUCCCCUCCUUAUAUAUUUCGGCCAUUUGGCCCUUGUAAUGAUCAUCUCUGAAUUAUUAAAAAACUCCUUUUACUCUUUGAGUAUUUAUAAAAUAGUGUGAUGCUAUUUUAGCCAAAUUCCUAAUUCUAUAUCUUAAGAGUGGUUAUCUUAAGUGUGAGUUUUAGGUUCUAGAUUUUGAUUAAGUGUGUCAUAUCUUAAUUAAAUUCUAGAUUCAAACCCCAAGUUAGGAUAAGAGUGUGUAAUAUCUCUUAAACACCAACUUGGUUUAUCCAUCCCUGAUUUUCUUCCAUUUCAUACCUCCCCAUUUCUCCUCUUAAUCUCACUCUUUUCUUCCAUUAAAAUACCCAAAAGAACUCCCUCAUCAACUCCAUAUAUUUCCAGUCCAUUCCCCACAAAAACACCCUUCUUCCUGCCCAGAAAACUGUCAAAUAAUCGAUUAUUGCUACUGUAAAUCGAUUAUCCCCCCUCCCAGAACAUCCCCAAAAAACCGCCCAAGAACCUGAAGCCCUUAACAAUCGAUUAUCCACUCAGGACAAUCGAUUAUCUCCCCUUCCCUGCAAAUAAAGAGGUUUUAACUAUAAAACCCGGAGCUGAGAUAUAACACCUAACCUCCCAAUACUCCACUUGCCACUUGUGGGAUUACACUGGGUUUGGUAUUUUUGGUGUCCCUGACAGAUUUUAGGAAUUUAGUUUUGCCAUUCCGUUGACACUUGAUAUCUACCAAAAUGUGUCUCAUCGUUGAAAUUAUUAUACCUUGGCUGAUAGUGUGCUUUAUAUUCCACAGAUAGUCAGGCCGGAAAAUCAUUUAUUUCAUACAUUACUGCAAAGAUUCUUGAGAACAUCCAAGUGUCUAUCAGGAACAUGCACAUUCUCUAUCGCGACAUGCAUACUACUUCGGGAGUUACUGGGUUUGGUUUGAAGUUUUCAAGCUUGACAAUCAUGAAGCAGCACCUUUUUGGUUCUGGUGGGAAAGUGAGGGGAAGCCAUGUGAACAAAAUUGUUGAAGUUCAAGGGCUGGAACUCUACUGCUAUACAUAUCAAGGGUCUGAUAAAUCAAGAAGUGUAGGCAAUUCUGUGGAUUCAAAAACUUGGGAGAGUGCAAUAUCUCAAGCUAGUGAGAAAGUUAAUUUAUUGGCCCCAUUGGAUGUUUCACUGUGCCUCUCGGUGAAUAGAUCUGGUGGUUUUGACAGCAGCGCUCCACAGUAUUUAGUAAAUAUUCAGUUAAAAAGCAUGCUCAUUUAUGUGGAUGAGGUUCAAAUACAACAAGUCAUGAGCUUUUGUGAUUAUUUGCUGACAUCUCAAUUGCGAGAGAAGUAUGGGCGAUAUCGUCCUUGGUGGAGCCCUCUGGAUAAAAAACUGAAAGGGUGGCAAAUUGCAUGGUGGCACUAUGCUUUGAAUUCCGUUCUCUUCGAUAUUCACAAGAGAUUAAGGAAAACUUCUUGGAAGUACCUUGGAGCGAGGCUAAAUGUUCGUCGGAAAUAUGUAAACUUAUACAAGACAAAACUGAAGUGCCUUCAACAAGAGCAGGUAAUUCCUGAAGAUGUGAUACACAUGCUGGAAGAAAUAGAGAAAGAAUCAGAUAUUGAUGAGAUCUUAAGUUACAGAUCUGCUGCAGAGCGUGAACUGCAGGACAUUUUACUUGCUCACACUUCUAACAAUGUGAAUACUAGUAAAUCUCUUGAAGGCGAGCGCACAUUCAACAAGCCCCGUGGGUGGUUGAAUUGGCUAUCCCGUGGGAUGCUCGGGGCUGGUGGGACAGAUGAUUCUAGCCAAUUUUCAGGCAUAAUCUCAGAUGAUGUACUCAAGGAUAUCUAUGAAGCAACUGAGUUUCAUCCUGUACAAACGGUAGAUGCAGAUGCUGCAGCAACUGAUAAAAUGUGUUUAUCGUCCAUCAAGUUCAGCAUUAAUCAACUUUCGGUUACUUUGCAGAGAAUGAAGUUGGGUUGUGCAAUUGCUCAUCUGACACUGAAUGAAAUCUCAGUAGAAAGUGAGAUUUGGGAGGAAGAGACAAGUUUUAAUGCCAAAAUUUGCUCUUGUGAGAUGCUGAAUCCAAUCAACAAUGAACUCGUCUUAUUCACAAGGGUGGACCACGAUGGAGGCAUAAUCAGCUUUCCACAGCCUCUUAUAAAUAUCCAUGCUGAUAUGCAUUCUCCACACAAAGUUGUCAACCUAUCAGUCAUAGUUCAGCCGCUUGAACUGACAUACAAUUCAGACUUCGUAAAUAACAUUCUGGCCCUUUUUCAUGUUGUGGAAGAGUUUGAAACUUUGAAUUACAGGAUUCUCUUAUCCAUGAAUGGGAUUGACAACAUCAAGUCAAGACUUCUAUCUAAAGUUGACUAUAUGUUAUCACACCGCAAGAAGAUGUUGUGGGAUGUUAAUUUUGCAACCAUUGUCAUCAAUAUUCCAUGGGGAAAAGCAAAUUUUGAAGCGCACAAACUGGUAUUGGAUGUUGGUGAGUUAUCCAUUGUUUCUAAGAACAAUAAGGGCUUUGUAAUGGCAACUUCUGAUUUGUUGGAUGAUUUUAUUGAGGGUUAUCAACUUCAAGAUUUAUACGAUCACUUCGAGAUCACUAUAAGCAACUUUCAGAUGAAUUUAUGGGCUUCUUGCUCUUAUGUGCCUCUCCCCAUUAUUGAAAGGUUCGAUGGUUCGCUUGCCUUGAAGUUGUGCAUUAUUCCAGAUGAAUCAGUCUUGAAAAGACUUGAGGUUGGCAUGGAAGUGUCAUCCAUUGUUGCUCACAUUUCACCAUCUCUUCAUGGUUUACUUACAGAACUAAUAACAGAUUUUAUUCUGCCACAAUUUACACAACUUUCUUCAGAUUCAUAUAUGCUUAGGAAAAGGCCCAGUGGAUUUGCUCCCUUGAAUAUUUUCUGGAUUUCUGCAAAUGCGGAUGUGAAAUCUGUUGCUCUUUUUAUUGAUCUUGAAAUUGAUGCUGGGAAUCCUUGUAGCCUCACACUCUCUUUUCAGGAGUUUGACAUUCGUGUUGAUAAAAGCAAAACUAUGGAAUGCUGGAUUUCCAUUAAGACACUGGAAGUCAAAUGCCAUUCCAGUCAGAUUGAUGAAAAGGACAAUGUCUUGUGCUCAUCAAAAACAUUCAUGGAGCAGUCCUUUCGGUUGCAUUACAAACAGACCUAUGAUUUUCUUUGGGGUCCGUUGACACCUACUGUUUCUCCAAUUUUCCAGUUUUGCAUGAGGAAAGAAACUGCUAAAUCAAGGGAAUCUCUCUUGGAACUGAGCUUUGGCAUCCAGAAUGUGUCUUGUGUUCUACCUCCAGAAUUUCUUGCAGUCAUAAUAGGUUACUUUUCACUACCCGAUUGGAGCCCCACCCCGAGGAAACCACCUAUAGUUGAAAAUUCUAACCAUAUUGACUUGUGUGAGCCUCCUAUAGCGGUAGCUUCUUGUCCGAUAUCCAUCACGACUAUGGUGAAUGAUUGUCAACUUGCAGGUGGAGGUGUUUCAGUACUAGUUGCAUUUGAAGCGUUGGUGGAUAUCAUAAACCAGUUCUCCUUGACUGAGAAACGAUCCAAAGCAUAUAACUCAAAUACUUCUCAGUUUCUUAAACUUGAGAGACAACUGAGGGAAGAUAAUGCAUCUCCACCUGCUUCCUCAUCGGAAAACUUAAUGAUUGUCAAUGCAUGUGUGAAGUCAAUGUCUUUGAGACUGCAUCAUACAAAAGGAGAUUCAGUCUCUUCUGAUAUUAUUGCAGAGGCUAAUUUGCAGUUUACUUGCUCGGCUUCGUUUAGAAAUGACGAACUUCUAUGCCUUAAGAUUUCAUUCUCUGCCCUAUCGCUAUUUUCAUUUCUGAAUUCUGUUAUGCUCUUUGAAUGCACUCCGAAUUCUAGUUUUGCUGCUUUAAAGUUGACUUACUCAAUAUCAAAAGAAAAUGAAUAUAGCCUUCUCCUUUACAUUCCUUCUGUAGAUGUUUGGCUUCAUACAUUUGACUGGAGUGAGUUGCUUGACUUAGUUCAUUCUUGUGUUGGAGAACACCCUGCAUCUCAUACUUUGAGCAUCUCUCCAGAGAAUCUUACUUUUGUUCAUAUAGAUGAAGUUGGAACCAAGGAAAUUGAUGCAUCAAGAAAUUGUCAUAGGAUUCCAAGCACUCCAACAUGUCUCGAUUCUAAAAAUGUGAAUCCUUCUGCCCGAUUGUUUAGGAUUGAGAUGGAUGUUGCUGGUGCAACAGUUCAUAUUCCAGUUUGGCUGAGAAAUGAUGCAUUCAAUGUGUUUGAAGGAAACCACUAUGAUCCUCUGAAUGACUUGCAAAUCAUGAUUUAUGGAAAUCAACAUGGCUUUCUUGCAGUUACAUUGCAAAGAGGAACUGCGACACUGGUUCAACAUGGGAAGAGUAUGAGGCUUGAAAUUUGUUUGGAUCAAAUAAAGGGGUCAGUGGAGCUCCAUGGGGAGGAUGAGUUGCAUAGCUUGCCUGUUUUUCAAUUGUUUCAAGUCACUUUGGAUGCUGACAUUUCAUCUUGUCUAUUGGAUGAUAUCCGUGGGAGAUUGGAUAUUCAAUGUGAUAAUCUGGAUGUGUGGCUUUCGGAUCAAAUGCUUUAUUUCUGGUGUUUAGGGAAAUUUCAAAGUCAAGCUGCUGGAACUUCUCAAUUCAUUAUCAGUUGCAUGGAUUCUAAAGUCCACUUAAGGAAGGCAUCUCUUAUUGUAACUAAUGGAAAGUUGAGUUCUGCUGGGCCUCUGCUGGAGUUUCUUAUCUGCAACCUACUACUUCACUCAAGGAUAAAUGAAAAGGACAUUGAGGUUUCAGUUGAGUGUGACAUACAAGCCAACUAUAAUAAUAUUGACAAGGUUUUCUGGGAACCAUUUAUAGAGCUAUGGAGUUUCAAUCUAUUCUUAAGCAGAAUACAUGACAAGACUUCUCUUAUUACUGAAGCUGCAACUGAAAUUCGUGUUGAAUCUACUUCUCAGCUUAACUUGAACAUCACUGAAUCCUUUAUUGAGGUUAUUUCUAGGACAGUUGAGGUGAUUAAAGAUGCUUGGGGCACCAUAGAGAUGAGUACGAGUUCAGAAAGCUUGAGCUUAAAUGAUUAUCGUUUAAGUGCAAAUCUGCAUGGCAGAAGGCAUGCUCCAUAUGUACUGCAGAAUUUGACCUCGUUGCCCAUAUUUUUCGACGUACAUACUGGGGAAAAUGUCAGCAAUACUUUGGGAUUAUCAUUGACAAAAAGUGGAAAGGUUUUGCAACCUGGCUUUUCUGUACCGAUUGAUGUGGAAGAUACUCCAGACAAACUUAUACACUAUAACUACGUUCAGUGCCCAGAUAGACUUCGUGAGAGACAAUCAUCUAGUGCAGCACAUCAUUUAAUCUCUUUUCAACUUGAGGGAACAUCAAUGCCAUCCGGUCCUUUCUCAAUGGAUCUUGUAGGCAUGAGGUGCUUUGAGGUGGAUUUUUCAAAAACCUCGAGUGGAACUGGUUCAAUUACAAAUGGGGAUGCCUUGAAAAUAUGUACAACAGUUGAAGGCGAAGUUUGCACAGAAUCAAAAGAUGGAUUUAUUGUUCCUGUGGUCAUCGAUGUAUCCAUACGGCCUUAUACAAAGAUAGUGCGAUUGUACUCAACGGUGUUACUGUCAAAUGCAACUUCUGUGCCACUUGAAGUACGAUUAGAUAUUCCAUUUAGUGUAUCUCCAAAGAUUCUGGACCCAAUAUAUCCUGGUCAGCAAUGUCCUCUUCCUCUACAUUUGGCUGAAGCAGGGCUCAUGAAAUGGCGUCCUGUUGGAAGUGCUUACUUGUGGAGUGAAGCAUAUAAUAUUCAGAAUAUACUUUCACAUGAGAACAGACUCAGCAUCUUGCGUUCUUUUGUUUGCUAUCCAUCUCAUCCAAGCAGUGAUCCGUUCCGUUGUUGCAUCUCUGUUUGUGAUUGGAGCUUACCUUCACCUGGACCACUUAAGAUGGGUGUAUUGCAUUCCAAAUGUGAUGUACUUGGAACUUCUGAAACAUUUAAUGAAUUAUCACACAAUACAUUAAGAUCAAAAAAGAGGUACAUCCAUAGAAUGACUCUUAGCAGCCCUCUAGUUUUGAAAAAUUAUCUUCCAGAGUCUGUAUCGAUCACGAUAGAAAAUGGUGGUGUUACAAGUUCUGCGUUACUGUCAGAGGUGGAAAAUUCUUUUUUUCACAUUGAUUCCUCACAUGACCUGACAAUUACAUUCCACUUGUGUGGAUUCAACCCUUCAAGUAUAAAAUUUCCACGUGCUGAAACAUUUGUAGAGACAGCUAAGUGCAGUGGAACAAUAUUUUCUACGUGGGAUACAGUCACCUUUGAUCCUAUAUCAAGUUGUGGUCCUUUAUGUGUUACUGUUGAGAAGGUAAUGGAUGCAUUCUCUGGAGCCCGUGAACUGUGCAUUUCAGUUCCAUUUCUUCUUUAUAAUUGCACGUGGUUGCCACUUGUUGUAUCCAAUGCUAUCAAUGAGACAAAAGGACAUUAUUGCAUUGUUCCUUCAUGUUAUGCUUUGGAUGAGAAAGACCUUGUCCCUAGCAAGAAGGAUGGACUUGGUCUCCUAUCACCUGAUCUUGAUUCUGAUAUAGCUCCACUAGACAAUAGGUUGCCUAUAUCGGUAAACAGUCACCCUAUUACAAAUUCAAAUGAAAACAGAUCUGAAAAACAUGCCAGGCCAUUCCUCUCAUAUACAGUUGUGCAUCAGUAUUCACAUACCCAUAGUAUGUAUAGCCAAAAGCCUUCAACUUUUAAGAAUUGGUCAGGACCAAGCAGCCAAUCGAGUUUGAGGUCUUCUGAUUUGUUGGAAAAUGAAAGUGACAAGGUUAACUGCUGCAUGUUUUCUCCUGAUUCAAGUUUCUCUUCAGAUGAAACUGUGGUAAAGGUUUGUAGAUUCCUAUCUCCUUGCAUAACAAAUCAUGCCCCUUACUCUCAUUGGUCAAAUGCUUUUUCCCUUGUUCCGCCUACUGGUUCAACUUCUGUUAUUGUCCCACAACCAUCCAAGACUUCUGGCUAUAUAAUGUCUGUUAGUGCUACUGAUGCACCAUUCUCUGGGAGGACAAAAAUUAUCUCUUUUCAACCCAGAUACGUGAUCAGUAAUGCAUGCAAUAAGGAUGUGUGCUACAGGCAAAAGGGAACCAAUGAUAUUUUCUUCUUAGAGGCUGGAAAACAUUCUCAUAUUCAAUGGAUUGAUACAACAAGGGAAUUACUACUUUCGGUUCGGUUUGUUGAACCUGGAUGGCAAUGGUCAGGAUGCUUCUUGCCUGAACAUUUAGGGGAUACUCAGGUGAAAAUGAGAAACUUUGUUUCUGGCGCUGUUAAUAUGAUUCGUGUAGAAGUGCAAAGUGCUGAUUUCUCCAUUAGAGAUGAAAAGAUUGUUGAAAGCCCUCAGGGUAACUCUGGGACAAACCUUGUUCUUUUGUCAGACGAUGAUACAGGCUUUAUGCCAUACAGAAUUGAUAAUUUUACAAAGGAGAGGAUUCGCAUUUACCAGCAAAAAUGUGAUGCUUUCGAAACAAUGAUUCACUCUUACAGUUCUUGCCCUUAUGCUUGGGAUGAACCAUGUUACCCACAUCGUUUAACUAUUGAGGUUCCUGGUGAGCGUAUCAUAGGAUCCUACACUCUUGAUGAUGUAAAGGAGUAUGGGCAUGUUUGCUUAUCUGCAACUUAUGAGAAACCUGAAAGAACUCUAUGUAUUUCUGUUUGUUCUGAAGGAGCAACUAAGGUUCUCCGCAUCAUCGACUCAAGUUGCCAUGAUUUAAAUGAUUCAAGGGGCCUGCAUUUUACACAAUUGAAAGAUAAAGGAAAACAUGACCGGAAGCCUGAAUCUGCUACUCAUUUCAAUGAUAGGAUAGUGGUUGAUAUUCCUUUUGUUGGAAUCUCCUUGAUAAAUUCUUUGCCAGAGGAGUUACUUUUCGCUUGUGCAAGGAACAUUACCAUUGUUUUUAAGCAGUCUCUGGAUCAACAAAAGGUGUCCUUGCAGAUUAUGUCGUUACAGAUCGAUAACCAGUUGCCUACUACUCCUUACCCAGUCAUCCUCUCUUUGGAUCAUAGGACUGGCAUUACCAGUAGUAGAGCUAUGAGAGAAACGACUCCUGAGAGCCAAGAACCUGCAUUCUCCUUGGAAGUAGCAACGUGGAGGAACAGAUAUCUUUCGUUGCUUUCAUUUAAAUAUAUUGGCCUAAGAGUGGCUGAGGUUCAUCUAGAAAUUGAUCAAGAAGUGGUUCUGAGAUUGCUUGAUUUCAUCAAGUCUGUUUCUUCAAGGAUGAAGGGAAGAGUGCUGCCCCAUAUGAGCCCAAGCCUCCCACUGAUACUUUCAGAUUUGGAAUCAGAUUUGUCCAUGUAUUCCUACUCUCUAGAUUUUGAAACUCUGAAAUCGCGUUUUAAACAGCAAUUCACCUUGCACAGUAGCUUGUAUCAUGAAAUUAGCAAGAGCUCUGUGCUGCCUUCAAUAACUCCUAUUGGUGCACCAUGGCAAAAGAUUCAUCUUUUAGCAAGAAAGCAGAAGAAAUUAUAUGUUGAAUUGCUUGAUAUGUCUUCAAUCAAACUGACUUUGAGUUUUUCUAGCAGUCCCUGGAUGCUUCGAAAUGGGGUCCUUACAUCUGGUGAAUCUCUUAUCCAUAGGGGUCUAAUGGCACUUGCUGAUGUGGAAGGAGCACAAAUUCAUCUCAAGCAUCUGGUUUUGUCACAUCAGCUAGCCAGCUGGGAGUCCAUUCAGAAGAUUCUCAGUGAUCAUUAUAGUCGGCAGUUUCUUCAUGAAAUGUAUAAGGUGCUUGGUUCAGCCGGAGUGAUAGGUAAUCCCAUGGGGUUUGCAAGAAAUGUAACUCUUGGGAUCAAAGAUUUCUUGUCUGCUCCUUUACAAAGUGCUCUCCAGAGUCGUGCAGGACUUAUUACGGGUAUGGCGCAAGGCACGUCUAGUCUCUUCAGCAACACUGUUUAUGCAAUAAGUGAUACUGCCACUCAAUUUAGCAAGGCUGCGAAGAAGGGCAUCGUCGCAUUUACAUUCGAUGAUCACAGUAUAGCAAAUAUGGACAGGCCGCAGAAGAGAGUAUCUUCCAAUAGUAAAGGUGUGAUAAAUGAAUUACUAGAGGGACUUACUGGCCUAUUGCAGUCGCCAAUAAAGGGGGCUGAGAAGCAUGGACUCCCAGGAAUAGUCUCAGGCAUAGCCCUUGGAAUGACAGGUCUCGUGGCAAAACCCACGGCCAGUGUCCUUGAUGUCACCGGUAAAACAGCACAGAGCAUAAAGAAUUGGAGCAAGCGACUCCACAGUGGAAACCAACAACACUAUAGGGUUCGCCUUCCAAGACACCUAAGUAGGGAAUAUCCUCUGCGGUCGUAUUCUUGGGAAGAAGCAAUUGGGGCAUCUGUACUCCGAGAGGCGGACGACUGUUCUUCAAAUCUCAAAGAUGAAGCCCUAAUCAUCUGUGAUUCACUCAAAGAGGAAGGUAAAUUCGCAAUCAUCACCAAGAAACUCCUCUUGGUUGUGAGCAGCAAAAUCUUUGCAAACCUGGGUAAGCCCGAGCUUCAAGGGGUUCCAGCUAACCUGGAAUGGUUGAUAGAAACAGAAAUAGGAAUGGAUAGCAUCAUACACUUUGACCUUGAUGAACAGUCAGUGGUGCAUAUCGUCGGGAGCAGGCCCGAUAUACUAGUGAGGCAGAACCAGCAACGAAGAGGCCCAAGAAGGAACAACGAUCCACAUGAUCCUCUCCCCUUAUUCCAGACCGAUUUAGCGUUUGCAUCAAAAGAGAAGGCGCAAAACUUUCUAGGAACGCUAUCGUCAUCAAUCCACCGGACUAAAGAACAACGCCGGGGUCAUGGGCAUGUCUUACACCAAAGUAGCGUAAGGCAUAGAUUUUGAAGAAAGAAAAGUAGAGUAGGUUUUUUUUUGUUUUUUGUACAUAAUCAAGAUGAUGAAAGCUGUCAGCACUGAUUGUCCAUAUUAAUUAUCAUUUUCAAGAUUCAUAUAGUACUCACUCCUUUUAAGAGUAUUCGUGGAACUGAAAAUUUUGAUAAUCAAUUAAAUAAAAAUUGCUUUGCCUAUUAAUACAAAAAGGAUUUUAUUAGAUUUAUGUUGCAUAAAGCUUUUUAAAAAUU